AUGAAACUCCAGUCUCUGCUCCGCCCCAUGAAUGAAAGAAGUAUGGCCACGAGAGUUGUUAACCUCUCGAAAAGGAAUCUCCUACCGGCUGAAAUCAACCUCCUGUCUAAGGGAAUAGGAUUUAAUCCCACGGAUGCUACACCUACCAACUUUCUAGCUGGUCUCGAAUCCAUUCUACUGACCUCCGUCCUGCCUGAAGACAAGCGCGCGGACAUACGCAGCUGUGCCACUGGUAUCCUCCGGCAAAAAAGACACCAGCAAACUCUACCGGCCGAAGAAGCGCAAGGAUUGCGAGCACUGAAAUCGGACCACAGCAUCGUUGUUGUUCCUGCCGACAAAGGUGGCGCUACCGUCAUCAUGGACAAAACUGACUACGUCAACAAGGCGAAUAUAAUCUUCAGUGACACGGAUUCGUACACCAUUCUCACCGAAGACCCAACGAAAAAGCAAGCCGCAGCCAUCAAGAAAAAGGUUAAUGAGCUUGCUCGUCUAAAAGUCAUAGGUCCAGAUGACUCAAAGUUUAUGACCCUCAGUGAUCCCCAUGUCGCACACGCAUACGGUCUCCCAAAGGUUCACAAAAUUGGUGCCCCAUUGAGGAUUAUAGUACCGCUCAUCGGAUCCCCUACCUACAAUUUAGCCAAGUGGCUGUACAAGCAUCUGAAGUCGCUAACUCACGGAUCUCGCUACAGCAUUAACAGCUCCCACGAAUUCCUCAACCGGAUUGACGGCCUCAAUGUAAGCACUGAUGAAUGCUUCUUGUCGUUUGACGUCGUUGCCUUAUUUUCUUCUAUACCGCACGACUUGGCAAUUGACUGCGUAGCCCAACGGCUACAGGACAAUCCUGUUGGUAUCCCAACGCACCACGUUAUAGAACUGCUCCAACUGUGCCUUAAGAACUAUUGUAAGUUCGACAAUAAGUACUACCAACAGGUGAAGGGAAGUCCAAUGGGCUCCCCAAUAUCCGUUCUACUCGCCGAACUAGUGCUACAGCGACUAGAACAUGAGGUUUUUCAAACUCUCAACCCCCAAAUGUGGCUCCGCUAUGUAGACGACACCUUUGUCGUAAUAAAGAACCGCGACGUCGAAAGGCUACAUCAGAGGCUGAAUGAAGUCUUUCCGGCCAUACAAUUUACCCGCGAAGAGGCAGUAGGAGACAGUAUGUCGUUUCUGGACGUGAAAAUACAAAGGCUGGAUGACGGUAACCUCGCAACCAGCGUCCAUAGAAAAGGGUCUGAUUCUGAGAUGAUCCUCAAUUAUAGAAGCAAUCACCCUGCGGCUCACAAAAGAAGCUGCGUCCGAACCCUCUUCCACCGAGCCUACCGGUAUUGCAGCAAUGA